AUGGCCGCGUCCACCAUGUCCGUCUGCUCCAGCGCUUGCUCCGACUCCUGGCAGGUGGACGACUGCCCAGAGAGCUGCUGCCAGCCCCACUGCUGCGCCCCCAGCUGCUGCGCCCCGGCCCCCUGCCUGACCCUGGUCUGCACCCCGGCGAGCUGUGUGUCCAGCCCCUGCUGCCAGGCGGCCUGUGAGCCCGGCCCCUGCCAAUCAGGCUGCACCAGCUCCUGCACACCCUCAUGCUGCCAGCAGUCUAGCUGCCAGCCGGCUUGCUGCACCUCCUCCCCCUGCCAGCAGGCCUGCUGUGUGCCUGUCUGCUGCAAGCCUGUGUGCUGUGUCCCUGCCUGCUCUGGGGCUUCCACUUCAUGCUGCCAGCAGUCUAGCUGCCAGCUGGCUUGCUGCACCACCUCCUGCUGCAGAAUCUCCUCCUCCAUGUCCCUCUGCUGCCGCCCGGCCUCCUGCGUGUCCCUCCUCUGCCACCCCGCGUGCUCCCGCCCCACGUGCUGUGGCUUCUGCUCAGGCCAGAAGCCCAGCUGCUGA